UCUUGUAGCCAAGGAUAUGCAGUGUACUUAGGUUUUUCAGUUAGUCCAAGUGGAGCUCAUGUUACAAAGCUCCAGCCUCCCCGGCCAUCAGUCUGUUAGACUUGACAAUGAAUGGACCAUGCCCCAAAAAUCUCCCAGAAUGGAAUAAUCCUGGCCACCAGUCCCAUGUCCUCUCAAUUGAAUGUGGCCCACUGCUCUAUUUCACUCAUCAACCAUCUAUUUGAAGGCCACAGAUUGAGAAGAGUUUUGGAGCAUGGUCCAUCCACUGUUGGGGCCCAAUGAGCAAUUGGUGGUGUUGGUGGAAUUGCGAAGGCGUUUGCGAAAGGCUUAGUAGAUAAGGGCAGUAAAAUACUCUAUAAAGCUAAUGUGACUAAUAUUAUACUCGAGCAUGGAGAGGCUGUAAGUGCUACCACCUACGGAUAAUGCUCACAAUUCUUGGCUUUCUAACCAUAAUAAUACCAGAUUAAUUUUUCCCUCACUAUUGCUAAUGCUGUCUUACAACUGCAUGAAUCUUGCAGGUGAGAGAGGCUUUCAGAUGGAAGGAGGUUUUUCUUCAAAACCGUAAUAUCAAAUGCAACUAGAUGGGAUACCUUUGGUCAUUUUUCAAAAGAUCUUAACCUAACCAAUUUUUGAAGUUAAACAGCCUGACUGAUAGGUGAAGGAUUGGGUGUUAAUGAGAAAAAAAGGGUGAUUCUGCAACAUACUGGAACUAGAUCUGUUUGGUUCCCCCUUUGUAGCAAAUGGCAUCAGCUAGUGUGGUGCCUGCGACUGGAUUGAGAAACACAAGUGGAAAUGCUAUCAGCAUGGAUAGGUUGCCUGAAGAAAUGAAUGAUAUGAAGAUAAGGGAUGACAAGGAAAUGGAGACUGUUGUGGUCGAUGGAAAUGGCACAGAGAUGGGUCAUAUAAUCGUGACAACUAUUGGGGGUAGAAAUGGCCGACCAAAGCAGACAAUAAGCUACAUGGCCGAGCGUGUUGUAGGGCAUGGAUCAUUUGGAAUUGUUUUCCAGGUAAGCUUCUCCACUUUUAACCAUGGAUCAUACAACAAUGCUAUAUUCAUCUAAUAUACCCAUCAAUCUAUUAUUUUCAUCAGUAGAGAAUCUAGUCUUUCCAGUUCAUAUUAAUGCUCCCUCAUUAUGGUAUCAUGCUCCUGCAAAAUUGUUUGAGUGAAUUUUCUGAUUGUGAACUGAGUGAAAAUUGUCCAUAUCUUGAUAAAUUCUCUAGACUAUUGACGCUAUUUUAUUUUUUGAGCUGAUUUUAUUUCAAUGAAAAACCUGUCACGCGUCUCUGCUUUGAUUUGCUUUAAUGCUUUUAGGAACAUUGUAGAAAUACAUAUCCCCAAGAAAUUGUUACUUCGUAUUAGUUGAUGAUUCCAUGCACACUUUUAUUUAUUCUCAUUUUUUUUUUUUGUCAAAUGUUGAUGGCAAAAAUUUGGAUUUUACCAAAUAUACCUCAAUAAACACAUUCACAGGCAAUGAAUGCUUUUUUGCAUGAGUUACAUUACUUCCCUUUGCAUUUUCAUCUAUCAAGAAGCACCUCCAUGUAAUUGGUAAUCUAUGUAAUGUCUAUACAUCCAAGCAUUAUUUGGUAAAAUAAAACAGUGAGAAAUGAAUAAAGGGAAGGGCUGUUUACAUCUAAAGGAUUUUUGCUUUACCGUAAUUACAUGUAAUGACCUCCUGUAUAUGCCAUACCUGAAAAUCUCACAGAAAUAAAAUCAUAUGCAUCAACCCUCUCUCGUUAGACAUGGAGUGUUCCUAUUUUCUUUCUCAACUAUCUAUUUAUCAGCCAAGUAGGGUUAGGAUUCUCCAAAAUAUUAUAAUUAAUCUACAAAUUUCAUGGAUAUUGAAUGAUUGAAAUUCCAACAAGCUCCAUGGGGCAUUUUUAGAAAGAAAAAAAAGAGCCACUAGAGGGGGCAGCAGGGACAAAAAUUCCAACAGAAAA